UUCUUCGUUUCUUCUUCUAUUUUUUUUAUUUAUUAUUUAACUUUUUUUUAUAUUUAUCAAUUAUCAUAUUAUUAUAUAUAUAAGUCCUUCUUAAACCCAAUUCUUGUGACAUCAAUUCAAACCGAACAUACUUUACCAAUUGUUGUUGUUUUGUUUCUACGAUUCGUGCGAUUUUUGACAAACCUAGAUGGAUUUCGUGCAAAAUCCUUGUCCUUCUCGUUCGUCUUUGUUCGGUUCCUUCGGGAAUUUCGUUGACAAGGUUAAAGAAAUGGGUACUCUUGCUGUUUCCGCUAUCAUUGGGAACAUUUUCUCGGCGAUCUUGACCUUUUGUUUUGCAUUAGUGGGGACGUUGUUGGGUGCUAUGACAGGAGCUUUGAUAGGUCAAGAGACAGAAAGUGGUUUCAUUCGAGGUGCGGCGGUUGGUGCUAUAUCAGGAGCUGUUUUUUCGAUUGAAGUGUUUGAAUCAUCUCUUGUUCUUUGGCAUUCUGAUGAAUCUGGGAUUGGUUGUCUUUUAUAUUUGAUUGAUGUUAUAGCUAGUUUGUUGAGUGGAAGACUCGUGCGUGAGAGGAUUGGUCCUGCAAUGUUGAGUGCUGUUCAAAGUCAGAUGGGUGCUGUUGAAACCAGCUUUGAUGAGGUUCAAAACCUCUUCGACAUUGGUGGUUCAAAAGGUUUAUCCGGAGAUUCCGUUGCGAAAAUCCCAAAAAUCAAAAUCACCACUGACAAUGUCGAUGCGUCAGGGGAGAAAGUUUCUUGUUCAGUUUGUCUCCAGGACUUUCAGCUCGGCGAGACGGUUAGAAGUUUACCUCAUUGUCAUCACAUGUUUCAUCUACCUUGCAUAGAUAUGUGGCUCUUGAGGCAUGGUUCUUGCCCAUUAUGCAGAAGGGAUCUGUAAUUUUGUAUAUGAAAAUUGAAAAGAGAAUUUUUUUUUUUGGGUUUUGUUUAUAAGGUAAUUUAAUUCUAGGUCUUACUUUACAGUUGAUUAUAGCUACCCAGAGGUAAUGCAGUAAUGUGAUUGUACUAAAUUAGUGUAAAGAAAAUUUUGAGAUAAACCAUUUUCCACUUGUUGUAUAUGUAUAUGAAUGAUCAUAUGAGUAGAUGACUAUUUUCUGGCUUGACCCCA